GGGCCAGAGAUGCAACAGGAGGCAGGUGGGGAGGAGGCUCCGAAGGCCAACAGCCCAGCAGGGAAGAAAGGCAAGAAGAAGCAGGGCCAGGGCAAGUGCAUGGCGAAGGAGGACGAGGCAGCAGCCACUAAGGACCACAGAAGGCCCGCCCCUCAGAAGAAGAAGUGGAAACACUCGGAAGUUGAAGUGGAUUCUAAGAAGAAAAAGGUGACAGUCCCAGGAGACUCUGAGGAUGGAGGACAAGAGACCAGGAGGUCCCUGCUAAAGGGCAUUCUUUUCUGUCCUUUCAGGGCCUGAAAAAUGAGUGACCACCUAAGAAUGGGGCCAUCAUGGGAGGAAUGAGCUCUGCUGCCCCAGAUCUCAGUGCGUUUUCUGACUUGGGACCUCAAGAGCUAUUUUUUUUUUUUUUUUUAACUCCACAUAAUUCCAAGUUUUCUUCUCUGCCUUCCCCUCUGGAAGGAUAGUGAUGCAGAAAAUGCCCCAGCAGCAUUCAAAAGCCCAACCUGUGAAGUCAUCAUGAAAUACAGAAAGCAGGUGGGCUGGUGUGGUUGGGUUGGGAGCCUGACACCCUAGCAUCCUCCCUGUCCUGAUGCUUGGGGAGCAGUGGAAGUGGGGGCAGAUGGGGGAGACAGACUGAGCCCCUAG